UGAUCCGUCUCAGGAUGCGAGAGGAGAGCGGAGGAGAGGGGAAGAGAGAGGGGAAAGCGCCGAUGGAAAAGUGUCCAGGGCUCGGUUAACAAGAAAACAGGGACACCGGCCCCGCUUCAGUUUGUCCUGGACCACUCGGCGAUGAGAGAUUCACCGAAAGGGGCACUUUGAGAUAUGAUGAGGUUUAUUUCUGGUCGGCAAUAGUACUAUGAUUUGGUAUGUGGCCACUUUGAUAGCAAGUGUAUUCAGCACCCGAGGAACGGCCGCUCAAGGUGCCCACGGAGUGCGAGAGGAGCCCCAGUUUGUGACGGCACGUGCAGGAGAGAACGUCAUCCUGGGAUGCGACGUGUCCCACCCCCUGAACGGCCAGCCCUACGUGGUGGAGUGGUUCAAGUAUGGAAUGCCCAUCCCCUUUUUCAUCAACUUUCGCUUCUACCCUCCUCAUGUGGACCCGGAAUACGCCGGCCGAGCCAGUCUGCACGGCAAGUCCUCCCUGCGGAUAGAGAACGUGCGUUCAGACGACCAGGGCUGGUAUGAGUGUAAGGUGCUGAUGCUGGAGCAGCAGUAUGACACCUUUCACAAUGGCAGCUGGGUGCAUCUAACCGUUAACGCUCCCCCCACGUUUUCGGAUACACCACCUCAGUACGUAGAGGCCAAGGAGGGGGGUAGCAUCACUUUGACCUGCAUAGCCUUUGGCAACCCCAAACCUUCGGUCAGCUGGCUGCGGGAAGGCAGCCUCAUGGUCAGCAGUGCCAAGUAUAAGGUGUCUGAUGGGAGUUUGACGGUGCUAUCUAUCACCCGGGAGGAUCGUGGGGCCUACACGUGUCGAGCCUUCAGUCCCCAGGGAGAAGCCAUUCACACCACACGGCUGCUAGUACAAGGCCCACCGUUUAUUAUAUCACCACCAGAGAACAUUACAGUGAACAUCUCGCAGGACGCCUUCUUCACCUGCCAGGCGGAGGCCUACCCUCGCAACCUGACCUACACCUGGUUCUGGGAGGAGGACAAUGUCUUCUUCAAGAAUGACCUGAAGCGCAGAGUCAGUAUUCUUAUCGACGGUUCCCUCAUCAUUGCCCAGGUCAAGCCGGAGGAUGCUGGGAAAUACACCUGUGCUCCUAGCAACAGCCUGGGCCGACCACCGACUGCCUCUGCCUACCUAACAGUGCAAUAUCCUGCCCGCGUGGUAAAUAUGCCAUCAGUCAUCUACGUGGCCAUUAGUCUGCCAGGCUUCAUCCGCUGUCCUGUAGAUGCUAACCCCCCUGUAACUCUGGUCAAGUGGAAGAAAGAUGGCCUCCCUCUCCGGAUAGAUAAGUACCCUGGCUGGAGCCAAAUGGAAGACGGGAGCAUCCGUGUUGCAGAGGUGACAGAGGACUCUCUCGGCACCUAUUCCUGCAUGCCUUACAAUGCCCUGGGUUCCAUGGGAUGGUCCCCUCCCGCUCCCCUGGUGCUAAAGGACCCACCCAAAUUCUCAGUGGUUCCUGGAGGGGAGUACCGGCAGGAGGCUGGGAGAGAACUUGUCAUCCCCUGUGAGGCGGACGGAGACCCCUUUCCCAACAUCACAUGGAGGAAGGUAGGGAAGCCCAGUAAAAGUAAGCACAAUGUUCUGCCCCGAGGCAGCUUACAGUUCAAGUCACUCACAAAGGAGGACCACGGGGAGUGGGAGUGUGUCGCCACCAACGUUGCCACGAGCAUCACUGCCAGCACGCACGUCCAAGUCAUAGGCACAAGCCCCCACGCCCCCACCAGUGUCCAUGUGGCAGCGUCCUCCACCUGGGCCAAUGUGUCCUGGGAGGCAGCCUAUGACGGAGGCUUCCCACAGACAUUCUCAGUCUGGCUGAAGAGGGAGCAUUUAGGUCCACAUGACUGGCUUUCCAUACCCGUGCCUGGAGGCCAUGACUGGAUGGUGGUGCCCGGCUUGGAGCCAGAGACAACAUACCAGUUCAGCGUUCUGGCCCAAAACAAGCUUGGCACAGGCCCCUUCAGCGAGGUUGUCACUGUGAACACACUAGUAUUUCCUAUAAGUACCCCUGAACCAUUGGUGCUGCUUACCCCACCACGGUGCCUCACAGCCAAUCGCACGCAGCAAGGAGUCCUGCUCACCUGGAUGCCGCCUGCCAAUCACACAGCACCUAUCCAGCAUUAUGUCAUGGAAUUUCGCCUGGGGGAACGAUGGGAGGUCUUGGACGACAGCAUUCCCGCAGGGGAGACGGAGCUGCUCGCCCGAGACCUCAUCCAGGAGGCGUGGUAUGAGUUCCGUGUCAUGGCUGUCAUGGAUGACAUGAUCAGCGAACCUAGCAACGUCGUAGGAGUGUCCAGCACAGACUUCUUCCCUCCUCCAGAGAUGGUGGAGGAACGUGGACUAGCAAGACCUGUGGUGGCUGGCAUCGUGGCCACCAUCUGUUUCCUGGCAGCAGCUGUCCUGUUCAGCACGAUGGCUGCCUGCUUCGUCAACAAGCAGCGCCGGCGGAAGCUUAAGAGAAAAAGAGAUCCUCCACUUUCCAUAACCCACUGCAGAAAAAGCAUGGAGACUCCGAAUCCAAUUAGCCUCAUUCCCAGCGUUGAGCCCUACUGGGAAGGGCUGGACGCAAGCAGGUCAUCUUCUGGAAAGGUGAGCCCAGAGAGCAUUCGUUCAAAGGCAUCCCCAUCAGAAUCAUCCGAAGAUAGUCAUGACCAGCGUGGGAAGAAACCACCCCCAAGUCCAGGGAAGAAGGAGGAAUUGUCUUUAUACAUGAAGACCAAAAGAGCAAUAACAAGCAAGAAGUACACUGUCUCCAAGCAUGAAGCUGAAGCAACAACACCCAUUGAACUCAUCAGCCGAGGACCAGAUGGACGCUUUGUCGUCGAUCCCACUGACGCAGAAAUGUCUAUCAAGCCCCGGCGAAUUGAGGGCUUCCCCUUUGUGGAAGAAUCAGACCUCUAUCCUGAAUUCCGGCAGUCAGACGAAGAGAAUGAUGAUCCCAGGCCUCUGCCACCAGUUAUGGCCCCCCUUCGGCCUCACCAGAUUUCCCCCAUCUCCAGUCAGGAAUCCUACCUGCAACCUCCAGCCUACAGCCCUCGUUUCCAGAGGCCCUUCGAAGGUAUGACCAUCAUGGAGAGUAGUCGGCUCCAAGCCACAGGGCAGAUCCGAGGCUCUCUCCAUCACAGGGCCUUCUAUGGCUAUCUAGGCCCCCCUGGGGAUCAUGAUCCCCCACCUCCUUUUUACAUGCCUGACACUAGCCCACUCAGCUCUGUCAUGUCCUCCCCUCCAUACCUUGCUGAAGGUCCUUUUGGUCACCCCAUGAUUCCUGAAGAAAUGGGGGAGGGUGAUUUCCCACAAUAUGCUGUCUCUGGCUUUCCACUUCCUCUGACACUCACAUCUUCCUCUCGCUCACCGGAGAUAUGGCAGGGACUGGAUUUUACCUUUGCAAGUCUGGAAGGGCCCCAAUUCAUUUUUCCACCACAUCACCCUUUGCAUCUCCGCCACGACUCCCCCUAUCCUCCUCCACCUCAUGUACUUCCCCUGAGUGCUUUCCAGCCUUCCUCCCUUCCAAUGCCUACUUACCCAGCUGUCCUGCCACUGGAAGCCCCAAAGAGCCACUCAAGCAAGUCUCCCAGCAAGGCCAAGCCUCAUGGCUCCCCAGCCAAGCAUUUAGCUAUGCAAGAGGCACAUAUAGGGCAGCUAAGACACACAAGCCACGGUAUGGGUGUGCCGGUUUUGCCUUACACCGAUCCAAUGGCCCAUAUUGUCCCUAGCACAUUCAGUAGCCUGGACACACGAUGGUUUGAAACCACCCCUCGUUUCAGUCCCAGACAGGCUCGUAGGAUGGAUUCUGGCAUGCAUCAGGUGGUUCUCCAGCCCUCUCGACUCUCACCCCUCACCCAAAGUCCCCUUAGUUCUCAUGAGGGCUCCCCAGAGAUUGUAGUUCGUCCCCGGCCACGGCCCAGCUUUGCUCAACCUCCCAUACGCCCAGAGAUGUCUGAGAUUACCCUCCUCCCUCCUUCCACAGCCAGCUUCUCAAGGAGAUCUUCCCCCUCCUCCUCACCUGCCCAAGGCCAGGGAAGCAGGAGAGCAAGUCCCAGCUACCGUUCCCACAUGGCCUUUGCCACCUCUGCAACCAGCUACCCAGCUUCCCAGUCCCCGUCACCCCCCAUGGAAAGCAGCAACAUAUUUGGGCAGAUGCCAUCUCAGAGGAGGACUGAGGAGGAGAUCCUUCCAUCUGAGCCCUCUCCACCCCAGUUGUCAGCUUCAGGAAAACGUCGAGGUGCGCCGAGUGCCCUUUCGGGGUCUGAGAGGAUUGAUGCACUGAGAUACCAACGUAUUAAAAAGGCCAAGAAGAUGAUGAUGAACAACAAUAACUCCAAGACCAGAAAGAAAGCAGGUGUCUCCACCUCUCAGACCCAGCAGGCCUACACCUCUCAGGUACUCCAGCCCGAAGAAGCUCUCUACCUCCGCAAGAAGAAGAAACGGCCCAUCCUCCAUGACCCAUAUACUCGCUUUUCUGCUCUGCUGUACCGCCGCCCACAACGGGAGGACCAGAAGGCAAUUUUGGCCAGCAUGGACAACAUAGACCUGGACCAUGCCACCCUACUCUAAAUGCCCUUGAGGACAAGGUCACAACCAUGCAAUAUGUCCCCCAACAGCACUAGCUACACACCAGAUUUGUAAAAACUACUCUAUCAAUUAUAUAUGUUUGCCAUUGAUUAGCUAUUAAGGGGAAUAGCACUAAAUUUCAGCAUUCAGAAUUGGUAUAUUCUGUAGCUCCGCUCUUGGUCAGUUUGAUUUGCAUUAGUUAGCAUUCUGCCAUUUUCACAAGCUAAUCUGUGAUGACAACAUAUGUAGUUUAAAAGAAUGGAAAGAAACAAAAAAAAUAAUUAUUUUCAGAGACCAAAUUUAUUUCUUCUGUUAAGAAAGUACAGAAUAAAAAUAGUGUCUAAAAUGGUGCUCCCAACAUCCUGUCAGCAAAAUAGCAGCAUUGUGACUGGAAUGGUAUCACAGAUUGGAGUCACACUCCUAAGGCUUCCCAUCUGACAAAGAUUUGAUUAUUUUUUACCAGUGUUCUUUAUACCCAAAUGCACAAGAAUUAUCUGUGUCUGCUUAAAUCAAGUAGUAUUCCCUUUAAAAAAAAAUAAAAAAAUGUAUGAAGAAAAACUUUAGACUUUUGCCGAUUCAAACCAAAAUGAUAGCUGCCGCAGCUUUCCAAAAUUUUACUCCAGUGCAAAAAGAUAAAUACAAAAUAACACAUAAUUACCAGUUCCCGUUUUGUUUUUUUGUUUUUUUUUCUCCAUUUUUAUCUUUUACAAUCCCAGUGUAACCAUUUUUUUUAUUUUAAAGACUCCUCUAGGCUUGGGUCAUGUUUCUUGUGCUGAGCCAAUCCCCCCCCAAAAAGCCCUGCGGGUCACCGUUUACAGCACCUUCCACGGGUUCCUCUCCGCCAGCAACGUCUCCUAUCUGCCGAGAAACUCACCUCACAAAUAUGGGUGUUCUCACUUCCUACCAAGUAUACCUCAGAGCACAGGACACGAGACCACACAACCACCAGGAUCAGCCAGCAGAACGUACUAGCCUUUUUCACCUCUUUAGUCAUUUUUGUGUUCCACGUGCUUUUCUUCUAAUGUUCUAGCUUUUCAUGUUUAUAUGUACCUCUUCUACUUUGUUAGAUGUACAUGCAUUGAGUUACUUAAGUUUAUCUUUCAAUAUGCUGAAAGGAUAAUUCUGUCACAUAAGUGAAGACAUUUAUAUUAUCUAGUCAUCUUCUUUGCUCUGCUGUGAGCUUGUUGUUUAAGGAACGUCUGUUAAACAGAAACUUAACCCUGGACUACUUUUACUCGGCCUACAGAAGGAACUCUAUUGAAUUUCACUAUAUGUAAUUUUUUUUUUUAUUGAAUAGAUGUCAUUCAGCACUGAACCACGUUUCACCAGGGGCUUACUGUACAUUCAUAUUUCACACACUUACAACAAACCAUUAACAGGCACAAUGAGUUUGAUUUUUUAAGCUGAAUUGCUCUCAUUUAUUCCUUGUGAAGUCAUUUAAUUGCUCCAACUAACUGCUCAGUCUUUAUCUUGUCAUAACAGUUUGCACUGGAGCAAAAUCUUGUUAAUUUCCUUAGAUAUCUGUCUGCUCUUAUACAUCUCAUCCAGUUCUUCUACUUUAGGUAGUGUAGGGGGUUCCAGAUCCUAUUCAGAAAGAACUACAGUAUGCCAAAAACAAUUCAAUUAAAAAGCAACAACAACCAUACACAGUAGAGGAUGAGAUUUUGUGCCAUAGUAUAUGAUAGUAUUUUUUUUUUUCAUACAUACUAGAGGGCAUAAAAAACAAUGGCUUUGUUGGGCCUUAAUGAAGCUUCUGGUUGGUUGCCUGCUUCACCCGUGUCUAAUAUUUAUUUAAAUGUUUUAUUUGUGUGUGUGCGAGUAUGUGUCUACUACGUACCUGCCUCUUUUGUUUGCCAUUUUCUAUUCACAGCCUUUGUAUUCUGUCUCUUUAUGUGCUUAUUUGAACUGGAAAUACUAAGUACAGUCGUCCCUUAUGAGAAAAAGUAUGUGGCAUUGAAGGCAACACAUAAUGAGCCAAAAGUUAUACUACGCUGGCAUAAGCAGUUUUGCUUAUGUGUUCCUCAGUUUUAAUUUAAAUAUAUGGAUAUGGACUGAUAUGGAAAUAUGGAAACCAUGAGGCAAAUUUCAUUGGCCAAGUAAAGGAAGUGCCAUAACAUCAGAAACUCAACUAUCACAUACAUUACACAUGUGUAACCCAGUCAUACUUAAGAGUCCACAAGGAAUGGGUGUGUACUAAAAGAGUUGAAAGCUUUUGUUGCCAUUUUAAAAUGUUUUUAAUUACUUCACUUUUUUAUAUUUUGCUCAAAAGGUGCUCAGUUUCAGAUGUUGUUAUCAUGUUUAGAUUUAUGGGUAACAUAUCAUGGGCUCCUGAUACAGCAAGAAAGUAGUGUUUGGUUCUCAACUGUGUUUGGAGUGGUAUUGGCAUGUUCAGGGGUGAUGAUCAAUUUUCCUGUAUUUAUUUGUGUACAUUUUUAUUGUGAUUUUGAGCAGAUACUGGUACAGCUGCAACUCCAACAUAGUCUAAUAUCAGCCACAUUUUAACUCAUCAAAUUUAUUUGCCCUGAUAUUUCCACAAUAAAUGCUUUCAAAAGUUCUGCUUUUACAUCUGAGCUCUCCUCUCAUAUUGAGUUUUAAAAUUGCAGGAGAGCUUAUGAAGUGAUGUGAUUUUUUUGUUUUAAAUUUGUUUGAUUAUACAGGGAAUACUAACUGAGAUAUACAUAAUGAGACAAGCAAAACAUGUGAAUAUAUCCAGCAUACUGCAAAAGGGUAAAAAUAAACAAAUAUUUUACAGAUGCAUUAGAGUCGCUUUGGCACUUAAAAAGUGGCCGUUUUAUUAAAGAGGCUAGUGCCUUUAUUGAUGAUUGCAUUAUUGCGUCUCUGACGUUGGAGAAUCUAAUGGCUAAUACUUAAGCACUGACUCUGUGUCAAUAUAACACAUUUAUUGUGGAAAUAACUUUCAAGAUACUGCUUAUAAAAAUAAAAUGUUAACAUCUGUAGCUAAAGUCAAACCACCAUCUGAACUUCCAAAGAUAAUAAAGUCAGCAUGAAUAAUUUCAGCAAGAAUAAAGUGGCAUGUUGCACGUAGAAUACAUUGAUCACUGACAAAUCUCCUACACAACAAGAGCUAUUCAGAGCUAGUGCCCACUGCUGUGAAUGCAGGCAACAGGUUGGCUAGCCUAUAAGAGACAAAGGGAAGAAGGAAUUUCCAUGUGACAUCAACAUUGUUUUUACAUGGUUUAUAACUCACUAACUAAUAUAACAAACUGAAACCAACCUAUCAUAGGUGCUUUUGCAGAGUUGUCAAACAGAGGCUCUUCUUGGUGCUAAGCUAACCAUGAUGUAAUGCUGUACUAGUGAGUGAGCCUUCCAUAUAGAUGAUUACAAAUGCCACUUCCAUUUUCUCAACUAUAAUAUCUGUAUUGUUGUAUUUAGGAACCCUUUAUAUAUCAAGAAGAAAAGGCUGCUUUUGUUUAAAGACUGUGGUUAGAAGGUGGUUGUUGGAGUAGUGGUUGCAUUCAAAAUCACACUGAAAGUGAAACAGGGAACUCUUCUUCAAUGAAAUCCUCACUAUGGCAUACCUGCAGUGAUAUCUAAAAAACUCCAAACCUCAAAUGUGUGAUUGCACCUUGUUGCUGUUGAAUAUCAUUGUCUUUAUGCCAUUUAUAGAAAUGUGUUAAUUGUUAGUUAUAAAGAAGGAGAGUGCCAUUGUUUCCUUUCAAAAAGACAUUUUGGUUUAUUGAAUGUUUCACUGCAGACCUUCUGAUGUUUGUGUUGCUGUGGGUCUUCUUAGCAGAGCUCUGGAGGAAAUUCUUGACUGAAUGAGGGCACAGGGUUUGUUUUGUUUAGAGACUUUGAACACACUAAACUAAAGGGAUAGAGUAAUUGCCAUCAAGUUAACAAUGACGUGCGAGGACAGUAAUGACUGUAUUGACAUUUCUAAGAAAUUAAGGAGUUUGGGAAUAUGACAUUCCCUGAUUCCAGCAGAGCAUUUCUAACAAAUUCUUAUAAAAUCACUAUUUCUUACCAAUGAUAGCAGGUUUUGGAAUGGGCAUCCAAAAGUCCUGUGACUUCCCUUUAGGAGUUUAAAUCAGCAAACAAAACUACUUGUUUUAACAGUAGUAGCGUAUAAUGUACAUACUGAAUCAACAUAUUGUCCCAAAAUACUUAACAAUCACAUUGUUUCUGUUGAGGAAUUAUGUUCACAAUUUAUUUCAUAUAUCGUAUCUGUAAAAUCAUAACUGAUGCACUUUGCCAACUUAACACUGAACAUAUUGUUCCAUGUUGUAAUAAAGAAACCAAAACUGACAGAUGAGGAAAAAGACCUUAAAUAUACAGAAAAUUCUUUAUUGAAAUUUGUAGAUAUAAUUAUCUAUUUUAAAAUGUAAAAUAACAAAUUGCAUAUUUUAUUAAAAUUGGUCAAUUAUAUGCAUGCAGUUACAAAAAUAACAGAUAUAUUCCCAUGUUUUUCAUUAUUUCAAUACACAAAUAGUUUGUAUGUAGAUGCUGCUGUGACUGUCUUCGCAAAGCAAGUACAGUUAAAUAUAUAUACUUUUUUUUUCUUUAGGUGAAGUCUCCCUCAGAGUACAGUGGAUCUGUAGUUCUAAGCACAGUCAGUGGGAAUAAAAAAAAAAACAAGUAGCUUGGAGAUCCAAAAUGAUAAAUUAAUUGAACUAAAUCACUCAAAUGUUCAGUGGCAAUUACUUUUUUAUAUGUUUUGACUGAAUUUAGAGAGAAAGAAUAACAUGAAAACUUUAGUACACCAAUUUAGAGAAAACCCUUAAAGUCACAAGACACCUGUUCAUACCAGCGGUAGUGGGAAAUUGUAGCUUUGUGUGACUGCAAUUAUUUCUUCACCGAGGGCUUUAAUGAGACUUAAGAGAAGUGAGGACAGUGUGAGUUGGAUGGGUGAGGGCGAGGUCAGAUCUGCCUCAACAAAGUACUGUAUACCUCUCAAUGUGCCACUGAGAAAUGUGUCCAUGUACAUAGUGUAUAUGAAAAUAUAUAAAGAUUUUAUUUGCAUGGUAUAAAAAUUUGAACACUACUGACGAAAAUCGGGGAAAUUGCUGUUACAAGAGCACACAUUCUGUAGCUGUUAUGUGUAAGAAAAGUGUGACAACGAUGAUCUCUGUAGUCUUGAAAUUUAAAGCAAAUGCCAAUGAAACAGCCUGCUUACCUGAAAGACAAAAGUAAUUAUGCUUUUAAAAGAUGUAAUUUGUAAGAAAUGGACAUCAUUUUGAUCUAAAACAUUAUCAUUAUCAAAAGAGCAUAAAGGAAAAAACAGUGUUGACUUUGUUAAAGAUGUCUGUGUACUGUCCUGCGUGAAUGCCCACUGACGUUACCAUGCUAACCAGCUAGCCACGGCCCAUACUGUCUCCAUGAUAGCUUGUUAAUUGUUCAUCAGCGGUUAACUGAGCUACCUGCUAAUGGCAGCUAGUCACUAUGGCCAAAAAUAGCCACUGCAAAGAGCAGAAAGUCCAGUAUAGUUAGCAGCAGGUUAUGCUGCCCCCUUACAGUUUUGGAACAACCUUCAUAUUUUGGCCAUUUCUUAUGAAUUACAGCUUUAAAGUGACUAUAAAAUGCUGUUAUUCCACUGGUGCACUUAAAUUUUUUUUUUUUUUAUAAUACAAAAUAAUUCAGUAAAACCACUUACUAUACUGGAAGACCCACUCGUAAUACUCUAAACAAAGAACACUGCUGUACACUUAUUCAGCUAGUAAUGAAACUAAAUUUUAAUUACAAGAUUUUUUAAAUUCAACCUGCAAGGAAGUUUGGUCACAGUAGGAUUGAGAUGAAAUAAAAGCACAUGGCAUGCAGUCAGAUAGGUUCAGUGGAUUUGAUGGUAUCAAAAAACACCCACAAAUGUUUCUAGAUAAUGGGUAGAUUUGCUCUUUAAUACUUUGUGAUGUCUAUCAAUUGGUAUUUUUCAUAGUACAAGUUAAGUGAACGUUACCUCACAAAAUGCAGUCUGGAGUAAAACUCAACAAGCCCCUUUUAUGCUCUCUGUCAAAUUGCAGUACGACUUGUGUUAAGUAAAGUACAUGGAUGUAAACAUAGAGAACAAUUCCGUCUUUGUCAAAUACUGAAGCUCAGAUUAUCAUUCAGAUGUUUAUUGUAACUUUGUCAGACGAGCCCCUAAUAGUGCUACAUAUUUUGAGCUAACUGUAAUGAUUUGCCGUUGAUGGUACAGUAAACAACUCUAAAAUAUCUUCAGAUAAGUUUUGUUUGUGAUGAAACAUCACACAUUUGUAUCAGUCACUAUUAAUAUCAUGCGAUAUAUCACUAUUAAUGUAUCAAUCA